CUUGAACAUACGGUGCGUUUUGGUCUCAUGCUGGAGAGCAAUAACGCAGGACGUGAAUUUGAAAAGUGAAAACCCUAAAAGCAGUUUAUCAGAAAUGUGCGUUGCCAUUCUACGAGGGCAUUUGUAUAAAGAUUCGCAAUCAAAUACCGAGUUCAAGCUGAAUAAUUCGUGAGUACCUUCUUGCUCUUCUUCUUCUGUUUUCUUAAUUUGCAUUUGAUUUGGCCAUGUUUCGUUUGUGCUGCAAAAGACCGCAAUUUCAACUAGUCCCAAAUUGGGCAUACUCGUCGAUCCAUUUGAGUUUUGUUUUGCAGAAUACAUCACUUUUUUCUAAGUCUUUCUCAUCGGUUGAAGUUGUGGCACAUGAUAGAGAAAAACAAACAAAACAACAUUCAUUCACAGUGUCUUAUUUCAUAAACUCAUGUGGGUUGUCCCCAGAAAUUGCCGCUUCUUUAUCAAAGAAAGUAGCUUUUGAAACCUCAGAAAAGCCAGAUUCUGUACUUCGCCUUCUCAGAAAAAAUGGGUUUACCGAUGCCCACAUAUCAAAACUAGUUAAAAAAAAACCGAAAUUGCUUGUAGGCAGGCUUGAGGAAACUCUUUUACCUAAGCUUGAGUUUUUCCAUUCUGUGGGGAUUUCUGGUACUGACCUUGCGAAUGUACUGUCGUCAAAACCUUCUAUUUUAUGUCAUAGAUUAGAGAAACAAAUUAUCCCUAACUAUAAUUUCCUCAAGAGUUUGGUUUCCAACAAUGAAAAAAUCGUUAAUGUUUGGAAGCGAGCAACUUAUUUGCAUGAUGUGCAAAAGAGAGUUGUUCCCAAUAUCUCUGCCUUGAAAGGAAUUGGAAUGACACAAUCAGGUAUUUCAGCUUUGGUGACCUCAAAUCCUUGUGUAUUGUGUGGAAGUUCUGAAAAGAUUGAUAAAAGUGUCAAGAAGGUUAUCGACAUGGGAUUCAAUCCUUCAACCAGUGCAUUUAUUGGUGCACUUGUAGCAGUUACGACCAUGACUGAAAAUUCCUGGGAACAAAAACUGAAGGUUUACAGGAGUUGGGGUUGGUCUGAGAAUGACUUCUUGUUAGCUUUUAGAAGCUGUCCCAGAUGUAUGAUUCUGUCUGUGGAGAAUAUAAAUACCAAAAUGGACUUUUUUGUGAACAAGAUGGGUUGGCAACCUUCAGCGGUUGCUAGAACCUCUGUGGCUUUAACUCUUAGUUUGGAGAAGAGAAUCAUCCCGAGAUACAGAGUUUUCAGGGUUUUGUUGUUGAACGACUUGAUCAAGAAAAAAUUCGGUUUGUCUUAUGUGCUGAAUUCCUCUGAAAAGGUCUUCGCAGACAAUUUCUUGUCCAAGUAUCAGGAACAGGUUCCACAACUAUUUGAUAUAUAUCAAGGGAAAAUUGAUCUUUCAGAACUGGGCAUUGGAUUUUAA